CCUGGCUGCUGGAGUGGUGGUGGCACGGAUUGGCUCCGGCUCCGGCUCCGGCUCCGGCUUCUCGUCCGCCCUGGGGGCGUUGCUGGAUCUGCAGGAGAUUUAAUCCUAACUUCCCCUGUUAGCUGCUUGCCACCAGAAUGAGACUUGUAAUUCUUGAAGAUUAUGACCAGGCUAGUGAAUGGGCUGCAAAAUACAUUUGUAACCGUAUUAUCCAGUUCAAGCCAAGUGAAGGAAAAUAUUUUACACUUGGUCUACCAACAGGGAGUACGCCACUGGGAUGCUACAAAAAGCUGAUAGAAUAUCACAAGAACGGAGAUCUCUCCUUCAAAUACGUAAAGACUUUCAACAUGGAUGAAUAUGUCGGGCUUCCCAGAAAUCAUCCUGAGAGUUACCACUCCUAUAUGUGGAAUAAUUUCUUUAAGCAUAUUGAUAUAGACCCUAAUAACGCUCAUAUCCUGGAUGGGAAUGCUCUGGACUUGCAAGCAGAGUGUGAUGCAUUUGAAAAGAAAAUUGAAGAGGCUGGGGGAAUCGAACUGUUUGUUGGAGGCAUUGGUCCAGAUGGUCACAUUGCUUUCAAUGAGCCAGGAUCAAGUCUGUCUUCAAGAACAAGGUUAAAAACUUUAGCGAUGGACACCAUUUUGGCAAAUGCUAAGUAUUUUGAUGGAGAUUUAUCUAAAGUACCAACUAUGGCAUUAACAGUCGGUGUGGGUACAGUGAUGGAUGCUAGAGAAGUAAUGAUUCUCAUAACAGGUGCACAUAAAGCUUUUGCCUUGUAUAAGGCAAUUGAAGAAGGGGUCAAUCAUAUGUGGACAGUUUCUGCUUUCCAGCAGCACCCUCGCACUAUCUUCGUAUGUGAUGAAGAUGCUACUUUAGAACUAAGAGUUAAAACCGUGAAAUAUUUUAAAGGUUUAAUGCAUGUGCACAAUAAACUUGUGGAUCCAUUGUACAGUAUGAAAGAGAACUGAAGGAGGAAUUGAGGAGGAACUUCACAUGGGUGAACACAGCAACUACUUUUAGGUAGCAGAUGAAUUUACUGCUAUGCAAUAUACUGAAAACUGGCUAAAUUGGGGAAUAUUAGGUACUGUAAUUUUUUUUAAGGUCCAAUAUUUAUACAGUCACAUUCCGUAUCUAUAUGAUGUGUUUGUACAUUUUGCUAUAACUUUUUGGUAUCUUGAGUUUAGCAAAUAAGAAUGGAAGUUGCUUGUUAUAAGAAAUGGCAAACAGAGUACUCUGUCUAGCACAGCAGUGUAAUGUGUUGGAGUAAAUGGAAUCUUGGUUCAAGCAUUAUAAUCUUAGUUCCAAUAGUGCAAAACUACACUCCUCGUUCUAGUUUUUAGAGGCAAAACAAUUUUGGCCUCUCCAUUGUCAACUGGUAUGGACUUGUAAAUUGCACGUUUUUUUACUAUGAAAUGCUGUUUACAUAUGUCAAAUGCACACUGAGCUUUUGCACUUGGUUGCCUUAAACUUAACUUACUCUAAUUGCUCUUGAACAUCUCCUAAGUACUACUGCACAAAAUUCAGGCAAAUAAAAAAAACAAACAUGGAAACAGUGCCUAAAAAUGCAGCUGCCCCCUUCAAAAACUUUAUUUUACAAUUUUGUACAUGUCAGAUUUCUGCCCUCACACUUUUUCUUUGUUACGUUACUAACCAUAUAAAAAUGCUAAAUUAAUUUGUAAUUACAAGCUUUGUAAAUGAGGAAAAAUGUUAAGUGUUUCUUUUUUUUUAAGACAAGAAUUUAGUUGCUUCAGUGAUGUGAUAAUAUAACCUCUUUGCAAUUAUUUAAUGUAAUAGUCUACAAAAGGUCAUUGUAUUAAAACAAGUCUAUCUGUUACUGAGCCACUUUGCAGUAGAAUAGCUAUUUUGCAUUGUAUUGUUAUAAUUGUUGAACACUCUACAUUCUUGCUCUGAGUAAAGCUUACAUACACAAAC